AUGAAGGAAGUGGUACAGAAAGAAGUUAUGAAAUUAUGGCAGGGAGGAGUAAUCUACCUGAUCUCAGACAGCACCUGGGUCAGCCCCGUGCAUGUCAUGCCCAAAAAAGGAGGAAUCACUGUAGUCCCCAAUGAGAAGAACGAACUAAUUCCUACAAGGACCGUCACAGGAUGGCGGAUGUGCAUAGACUACCAGAAACUCAAUGAGGCUACACGAAAGGAUCAUUUCCCCCUCCCAUUCAUGGAUCAGAUGUGGGAAAGACUCGUAGGACACGCAUAUUAUUGUUUUCUCGACGGCUAUUCAGGAUAUAACCAGAUAGUGGUUGAUCCCAGUGACCAAGAGAAAACCUCAUUUACUUGCCCAUAUGGAGUGUGCCAAGAGACCAAUCUGGUCUUGAACGGGGAGAAAUGUCACUUUAUGGUGACAGAAGGAAUAGUCCUUGGCCAUAAGGUUUCUAACCAAGGCAUUGAGGUGGACAGGGCUAAGGUGGAACUUAUUGAAAAACUUCCUCCACCUAGUGAUGUCAAGGCAAUUAGAAUUGGAGCCGUGUUAGGGCAGAGGAAGGAAAACUUAGUCCAUGUGAUAUACUAUGCUAGCAAAGUCCUCAAUGAUGCUCAAAGAAACUAUACCACUACUGAAAAGGAGUUGCUAGCAAUAGUUUUUGCAUGUGACAAGUUCAGAUCAUACCUCAUUGGUACUAAAGAAUUCAAUAUUGAAAUCAGAGAUAAGAAAGGAGUGGAGAACAAGGUAGCAGAUCACCUAUCCAGAAUCCGUCAUGAGGAAGGUGGAACACAUGAUACAAGUGUGAACGAGCUCUUCCCUGAUGAGCAAUUGAUGACAAUUCACAAAGCACCAUGGUUUGCAGACAUUGCCAACUUCAAGUAUUCAGAUGGAAUCCUUAGAAGAUGUGUCUCGGAAAAAGAAGAACGAGAGGUCCUAUGGAAUUGCCACGGCUCAUGCUAUGGAGGCCAUUUUGGAGGGGACAGAACUGCAGCAAAGGUGUUGCAAAGCGGAUUCUUUUGGCCCACCCUUUUCAAGGAUGCCAAAGAACUAGUAAAGAGCUGCAAUGAAUGCCAAAGAUCUGGAAACUUGCCCAAAAGAAAUGAGAUGCCACAAAAUUUCAUCUUGGAACUGGAACUGUUUGAUGUGUGGGGAAUCAAUUUCAUGGGACCGUUCCCAACCUCAUAUUCAAACAAGUACAUCUUGGUAGCAGUGGAUGACGUUUCCAAGUGGGUAGAGGCUAUUGCCACUCCAACGAAUGAUAACAAAAUGGUCAUGAACUUCCUCAGGAAGAAUAUCUUUAGCCGUUUUGGAGUCCCCCGAGCACUCAUCAGUGAUGGAGGGAGUCAUUUUUGUAACAAACCACUAGAAGCUCUCCUCCUACGAUACGGGGUAAAACACAAGGUUGCCACACCUUACCAUCCCCAAACAACAUUCAAAACACCAAUUGGAAUGUCCCCAUAUCAAUUGGUGUAUGAGAAAGCUUGUCAUUUACCACUGGAGCUGGAACACAAAGCUCUCUGGGCUCUCAAGAUACUAAAUUUUGACAGCAUUGCUGCUGGUGCAAAGAGGAUCUUGCAGCUACAAGAGAUGGAGGAAUUUAGAUCACAAGCCUAUGAAAAUGCCAAGAUUUAUAAAGAAAAGGCAAAGAGAAGACAUGACCUGCAUCUUGCACCCAGGAGUUUUGAAAAGGGGCAACAAGUACUCCUCUACAAUUCCAAAUUGAGAUUGUUCCCAGGAAAACUCAAAUCAAGGUGGUCCGGACCUUUUCUUGUCACAAAAGUCUCGCCAUAUGGACACAUAGAAAUCAUGGAUGAAAGUUCAGAGAGGACUUUCACUGUGAACGGACAAAGGCUGAAGCAUUAUAUGGGCAACAUAGGGGAAAACCCCAGAGUAAAGUAUCAUCUCAAGAACCUUAUGAGGAAAUGGUGCACCUUCAUCCAAGAAAGUGAAGUAGCAAAGACUAUGGAUGAUGACAAAGAGGAGGGCAACCAGAAACCAUCACCCGAAGGUUGUAUUGUUACUUAA